CUGACAGGAGACAACAGUCCCCAUAGAGAGGGCUGUCCGAGCUCCGUUAGACCUGCUAGUCCUCUCUCGGGGGCGUCAAUAUGAAACAGCCGGCUUCGGGAUAUUAAUAAUUUCCUCGAAAACAGACUUCCGGAUGGUUGCCAAACAGAUUUUUUAAUUAUUGGAUUAACCACCAGCCGCAGCUUUAUCCUGAGAGGCCGGAGAUUUGUGUCGCUGGGCAGGGAGGAGUCCUCUGUUAUUUCACCGUUAACGUUAGCUGAAGCCGGAACAACAUGUCGGCGUUUUAACUACACCUCCAUCUCAAACAUAAAGCUGAGGAGAGGACCCAAUGCACUCUUAAAGGAUGGAUGUGGGGGUGAGUGCUGGCAGGGACAGCACCUGGAGGAGAGCAGCGGCCGCAGAUGAUGCAGGAGAGAGCAUGGAGGCUCAGGUCGUGCCGCUGGAGCUCUACGACUCUGCAAGAGCCAAAAUAGACGCAAAUCUCCGCUGGUUGUUUGCCAAAGCUCAUGGUACAGAUCACAUCCCUACAGACCUACGGGACCCCUUUUAUACUGACCAGUAUGAGCAGGAACACAUCAAGCCCCCCAUCAUCCGCCUGCUGCUGUCUGGAGAGCUGUACUGCCGGGUGUGCGGCCUCAUCCUGCACGCUGAACAGGCUGCCUCCCUUCAAAGCCACCAGUCUGUCAUGCAGGCUCUGUCCAGGAAAGGCAUCUAUGUCCUGCAGACAGACAACACACCUGUCUCUGAUCUGGACCUCAGCUCGGCUCCGAUCAAGAUGAGCUCCCACAUCCACCUUAUUGAUGCCCUGAUGAUGGCCUACACUGUGGAGAUGAUCAGCAUAGAGAAGGUGGUGUCCAGCGUCAAGCGUUUUUCCAACUUCAGUGCCUCCAAGGAGCUCCCUUUUGACCUGGAAGACGCAAUGGUUUUUUGGAUCAACAAGGUGAACAUAAAGAUGAGGGAGAUCAUGGAAAAAGAGCUGAAAAUGAAGCAACAUCUGCUGGAUUCACCCAGUCACCAAAAGGUACGUUACCGCAGAGAUCACCUGUCUGGUCGGACAUUUCAGCACUUCCCUCUGUUGGACGACCUGUUGAAGGAUGUGUCUGACGGCACAGCUCUGCUGUCUGUGAUCCACUUCUAUUGCCCAGAGCUCAUUAGAUUGGAAGGUACAGUAACACUGGACUGCUAG